UUUCUCAGUGAGCAAGUGUUUACAAAAUUCGUGCAUUCAAAAUACAGUAAUGGCUACGUGAGGCAUAUAACCUCAAAAUAUUUUCUCAGUGUAAAUCGUGAAAAUUCACAGCGAUAAAAAAAAAUAAAGAAAUAAAGUGAGAGAUGGAAACCAAAGAGGACCCAUUUAGGGUAAAAGAAGAGCCAAAUUGGCCCGAAGGCGACGAUUACAAUUUUGAUUCGGUGCACUCUUGCGAAGUGAAAGACGUUGAAAUAUUCACGUUUUAUAAAUCAUCAGCAAAUCACAUCAAUGAAGUUGUGCUGCCCGAAAAGUUAGAUGGAAAUAUAUCUAUACAGUUUGAGUGCAAAAACGUUAAACCUGAAUUGAAGGCUUUAUCGUCAACCAUCUUCAAGACUGAGUAUCAGAGUUGUCCAUCUAUUGUAAAAAUAGAAAACCCAAUUCAGACGAAUUACGAAAAGUCCAAAAUGAACCUUCAUGAAUUCGAGGAUGUUAAACUAUUUGAAAUAACUUCUCAAAAAAAAUAUGAGUGCCAAAUAAUUCCGAAAACUUAUACAGUAGAAUCAACUCUAAAAACAAAUAUCAAUAGGACACACAUUAGAUCAUAUGAAUGUGAAAUAUGCCAGAAAUCAUUUGGAUAUAAAUAUAACCUCAAAGUUCACAUAGAUGGAGUACAUAAUGGGAACAAACCUUUUGAAUGUGUCAUUUGUCACAAAUCAUUUGGGCAGAAGCGUGACCUCAAUAAACAUACAAAUACUAUUCAUGAUCGGAGUAAACCCUUUAAAUGUGAAAUUUGUCACAAAUUCUUUGGAGAAAAAGGUCACCUCAAUGUUCACAUAAAAUCAGUACAUGAUCGUAUCAAACCCUUUGAAUGUCAAAUUUGUCACAAAUCAUUUGGACAAAAAGGAAACCUCAAAAUUCACAUAAAUGGAGUACAUAGUCGGAUCAAAUCCUUCGAAUGUGAGAUUUGUCACAAAUCAUUUGGAUACAAAAAUCACCUCACAACUCACAUGAGUGUAGUGCAUGAUUGUAGCAAACUCUUCGAAUGUGACAUAUGUCAUAAAUCAUUUGGAUAUCAGAAUGUGCUCAAAAAUCACAUAAAUAACGUACAUAAUUGAAGCAAACCCUUCGAAGAUGAGAUUUGCCACAAAUAAUUUGGAAAAAAACUAAACCUUAUAAAGCUCACAUGGAUGAAGCACAUGAUUCUUAGCAAAAUCUAUUAGAGUGUGAUUUGUGUGGAG